AUGAUGACCUACAGCCGCUCAGUCCCCCUUGCCCUCUUUGCCUUGUUUGGCACAGGGCUCGCGCAGACCGUCGAUGGUUCCAAAUUCAACAAACCAGACGGCGGCCCUCCAGGAAGCUACUUCGCUGCUGGUUCAUCUAUCCCCGUCGCUGCUUUGCAGAGCGCUGCUGCAAAGGCUAGCACUCCUGUGCCGGAUGCAACCUAUCCUAUCAAUGGUGAUAAGGGUGCUAAGAAAGUUACCAUCCACAGCGACUGGACUAAGUUUGACGAGGGUGCGGCAUAUGUUUGGAUUGCGGAUAUGGACGUCGACUGCGACGGCAUUGACUACAAGUGCAAGGGAAACCCGGAUGGUCAGCACCAAACCAACUUCGGUGCUUUGGCUGCGUAUGAAGUGCCUUUCUUUGUGAUUCCCGACAGAUUUGGAACCAAGUACGCGAAGCAGCUUCCUGGAAACAACGUUGGUGCCGUUAUCUGUGAUGGAAAGAUGUUCUACGGAAUUUACGGAGACUCCGAUGGCGAUACCCCUCAGGUAAUCGGGGAGGCCUCAUGGUUAAUGGCCCGGACCUGCUUCCCCAAUGAUGACCUGAAUGGCAACAGUGGCCAUGGUGAUGUUGAUGUGACCUAUAUCCUCUUCACUGGCGACGACUCGGUGCUCCCCAGCAGUGCUCUCAACAAGAAUUAUGUCACCAACUUCACCACUCUGCGCUCUAUGGGAGACAAGCUCAUGACUGCUCUUGCGAAGAACCUCAAGUUGGUAGAUGGAGGUGAUGGAGGUUCUCCAACAACUACGGCUGGUUCCAACCCUACAAGCGGGUCUUGUGAGUGGGAGGGACACUGUGCUGGUGCUUCUUGCAAAGAUGAGAAUGAUUGCUCCGGUCAACUGGUCUGCAAAAGUGGAAAAUGCGCCAGUGCGUGA